AUGUCUCUGUACCCUCCACAGAACUCCAGUAGUGAGAGCGAAGAAUGGGAGGACGAAUACUCCGGGGACGAGAGCCUGGACGACAGCUUCAGUGACAGCAGCUGCAGAACCCAAGAAUACAGGAGCAGAAGCAAUAGUUUGGACUCGAACAGCAGUUCUGCAAGUGAUGAUGAGUUGGACUACAAUACUCUGGACCAUGGAUCUUUGGACCAAAUCCCCUUCCUGCACGAUCAGUUUGAGAUCCAUCGAGGCUAUCGACAGAAUCGUCGGAGCCGAGGGGAAGAUGAUUCUGCACCCAGCUGCCCUCAGAAGAGGACAAGACUGGGUUGCCACGGUAUUGAGCUCAACCACCAGCCAUCCGAUAUGGUCGGUCGGUCCGAUUUGAGGUCGAAUGCUAGGAAUCUCCGGAGUGACAGCAGCUCCAGGGUAGAAGGGCUGUCGAGCAGCAAUUCCUCAACAGAUAGGAGAAAUUCGAAGCAAGAUGACGACUGGCGCAAAGCACUUGAGCCAGCGCAAACCCGAGUCUGCGAAGGAGGGGUCAAAGUUGCGAUGCGAAGUUUUGAGCACUGCCAUCAGUUCUUUGUUGAGAGGCUUUCGGCUCUCAAGGGCGAUGAGCUCGUGGUUGAAGGCCCUCUGACUCUUAAAUUGUUCGACCCCGUAUCCCUCUGCAGGCUAGAGACUCCAUGCCGUGGCCAUCUAUGUCAACAUAUGGAGGUGUGUGGAGGCUCUGGGGGCGGAGGGACCUGUAUCGUAACCCCUUGUUUUGACAAGGCCUUUGAGUUGUGUACAUAUUCGAGGUUGAACACGUCCGAGCUGGAAGAUCCUGAGAUUGUCGAGAUGCCCAAAUGUCCAAUAUGUACAUGCACAUCAACAGACGGGGGAGAGCACCUGAUGCUAUGUCCAGCAAAUUCAAGGGAGGUUGAAUUAUCAGUGGGAGAUUUGCCCGGCUCGGAUAAUGCGAAAGAGAAGGAUGUAAUCAUCGCAGAGAAGGCGGUCUUCUGGAGCAGUCCUCAGGGCACACACAGCAACCAGGCUUGGGAUUGCGUGAAGUAA